UAAUUCCACAGCAACGAGUUCUCGAUCAAAGUUAAUAGCUUGCGGAUUCCUUUAUUCCAUUUCACUUCGACUACUCUCUGGCUUCGCUACACGCUUCGUAACCCAUUGUGUCGAACCUUUUCUGGCCGGAACCGGAGACCUGAGCGGUCGCUAUUCUCCUGCGCUCGACCCUCGCGAAUCUAAUAAGAAGCACGGCGAGUUUGCAUCUGUGCAAUCAACUCGAGAGAAAUUUUGCGGGGUCCUGCGAAAAGCCACCAUGGCCAACACGGUCCCCGACCUCGACUCGGUGGGCAUAAAGGCAGAACCCGAGCUUGCAGACCAAUUCCGUCGUGAAGUCGCACACCUCCUCGGCCGUUCCUCUCUUAAUUUCCCCGGCGCACAACCCGUCAGUUUCUCGUCGCGGCACCUCCUAGAGCUACAAAAACAAGACUACUAUGUCUGCGAGAAGACGGACGGCAUACGGUGUCUUAUGUACUUUGCGCGAGGAGACCCGGAUUCAGACACGCCCGAAAUACACUACUUGAUCGAUCGGAAGAACGACUAUCGUUACGUUCCGGGCUUACACUUUCCUAUGCCGGACGAUGAGUCGUUUCAGAGCUUUCAUGUGGAUACAAUUGUGGAUGGGGAGUUGGUGAAUGAUAUAUACGAGGACGGGACGGAGCAGCUGAAGUUCUACGUCUUUGAUUGUUUGGUGCUGGAUGGCACGAGUUUGAUGCAUCGCACGCUGGAUAAGAGACUGGCAUAUUUUAAGGAGAAGGUAUUGAAGCCGUACAAUGCAAUGUAUAAGAAGUUUCCGGAGGAAAGGCAGCACCGGGCGUUUGCCGUUGAGGACAAGUCGACACAGUUCAGCUAUGGCAUUGAGAUGAUGUUCCGGGACAUUAUACCAAAAGUCAAGAAGAUUCACGGAAACGAUGGGCUGAUAUUUACGUGUCGAGGCACUCCAUAUAAGAUUGGAACGGACGAGCAUAUUUUAAAGUGGAAGCCUCCGGAGGAAAACAGCAUUGAUUUUCGCAUGCGACUGGAAUUUCCGAUGGUAGAACCGGACUCUGAAGAUGAAUCCGCAGGGGUAACGGAAGCAUAUCCGGAUUACGAUGCUAUCCCGAUAUGUCAUCUCUUCGUCUUCUACAGACAAAACGAUUACCGUCAUUUCGGCCUCAUGCACCUUGAAGAGUCCGAAUGGGACGAACUCAAAGCUCUACAGAAACCUCUCGACGAUACGAUUGUCGAGUGCUACCGUGACGAGCAUGGCCGCUGGCGUUUCCUCCGAUUCCGCGAAGAUAAAACUGAUGCGAAUCAUAUCUCUACUGUGGAGAAGGUCCUUGAGAGUAUCGAGGACCGGGUGACGGAGGAAGAUUUGAUUCGAGUGGCGCCGGCAAUCAAAACUGCGUGGAAAAAGCGACAGGCCGAUGAAGAGGCGGCCAGGAGGAAACCAAACGGCGUUCCUCAUCCAAGUGUCAAUGGAGUGAAGAGGAAGUAUGAGGAAUAAAUCAUCAUGCCUUAGUUUUUGCAUGACCUUUUCUCUGUAUCGCCUAGGCUCCACACAAGAAAAUCAUAAUAUUAACCAGUGGUUAGGUCUCAUUGGCAUCACUUCCCAGAACUCGCUCGAGUCCUUGCCUUCUCAUGUCCCACUUUUUCUCUAACCUUUUCUAUGCCUUUUGACCUUCACCGUGUACAUUAUUGCUGAACUUGCCUUGGUGUAUGUGCGCUAUUGAGCAUUCUAUUUCGGCUUCCUCUGGUGUUGUUUUUUGUUCAUAUAUCAGGACACUUUUAGCUUUACUAGCUCUGCAUGGAGGGUAGUUUCAGUGGGUAGUUGUCCUAAGAGGCCCUUUUCCCCUUUUUGCCUCUGGUACUUGAUGGAGAGGGAAUAGUUUUACCCAUGAUGAAUAUUUUGUGCUGCUGUUCUAUUUUAACUGGCGUUAUAGGGGAUGGUUUCCACAUACUUCUUCAGAGACGGGAGCGGAGUGUCUAACCAACUCCCAAAAUAUACACGUGUAGCCACA